AUGGAUUUCAACGUGAAGAAAGUAAUUGUACACUAUGGUUAUAAAGCAAAAUCGCACGAUAAUGAUAUUGCUCUUAUUCAACUGGAAACCAAUGGUAUACCGAUGAAUCCCGAUCUCCAUUCAGUUUGCAUGCCUACCCAAGGAGUCAGUUACGCCAAACAAACAGGUGUAGUCGCCGGAUGGGGAUUUAUGACGCUAAAGCCCAGGGUCUUAAAAGAAACUGUAGUUUCUAUAUUGAGCAAUAAACAGUGUAACGCCAUACCGACCUAUACCGAUUUAAUCACCAAAAACAUGAUUUGUGUCGACGAACAGGUACAUAACGGGGAAGUCGUGUGCAGAGAUGAUAGUGGCAGUUCUUUGGUCAUUAAUGACGGUGAAACUCUUCGCAUUGUCGGUAAGGGUGUAUUAGUAACGUUGUAA